GUUCUCCUGCUGAUUGGCGGUCGAGCGGCAGCAUGUUGGCCAGCGCCCUCUUCUCCGCCUUCAGUCUCUCCUUUGAGAAGCCACGCGCGUUUGGCUUGGAGGGCGCCGGCGUGAGAGCCUCUGGAUUCGCUGCUGCUUCUUGCUCCGGCAGGGUCGCCUAGGAAACGGGCCAGGGGCGCACCGACCGAGCCUCCCUAUGGCCGCUGUUGUGGCCCAGGGGGAAGCGAUAGGUCCCCUAGUGGGAGCCAUCGACCAAGGGACCAGCUCCACAAGGUUCUUGGUUUUCAAUGCAAACACAGCUGAAUUAUUGAGUCAUCACCAAGUGGAAAUCCAGCAGAAAUUCCCCAAAGAAGGGUGGGUAGAACAAGACCCAAAGGAAAUACUGCAGUCUGUCUAUGAAUGUGUUGAAAGAACAUGUGAGAAAUUGAACCAGCUGAAUAUAGACAUUUCCAACAUAAAAGCUGUUGGAGUUAGCAAUCAGAGAGAGACAACUGUAGUUUGGGACAAAGAAACUGGAGAACCUCUAUAUAAUGCUAUUGUAUGGCUUGACCUACGGACUCAAUCUACUGUUGAAAGACUUCUUAAAAGGAUUCCAGGAAAGAAUAAAUCCUUUUUUAAGAGUAGGACUGGUCUCCCUCUUAGCACAUAUUUCAGUGCUGUGAAGCUACGCUGGCUUUUGGACAAUGUGAAAGAGAUCAGGCAAGCAGUUCUUGAAGGGAGAGCUCUUUUUGGUACUGUUGAUUCAUGGUUAAUAUGGUGUUUGACUGGUGGAAAAAAUGGAGGUAUUCAUUGCACUGAUGUAACCAAUGCCAGUAGGACAAUGUUGUUUAACAUUCAUUCAUUAGAGUGGGAUGAUGAGCUCUGCAAUUUUUUUGAAAUUCCCAUGAAAAUGCUUCCCAAAGUGCGAAGUUCCUCAGAAAUCUAUGGAUUACUGAGUUCUGGAGCUUUGACUGGUGUGCCAAUUUCUGGGUGUUUAGGUGAUCAGUCUGCUGCAUUAGUAGGACAAAUGUGCUUCAAGGAUGGCCAAGCGAAAAAUACGUAUGGAACAGGCUGCUUCUUACUCUGCAAUACAGGCCAUAAGCCUGCACUCUCGGAGCAUGGCCUCUUAACCACUGUGGCUUACAAGUUGGGCAGAGACAAGGCUGUAUGUUAUGCUUUAGAAGGCUCUGUUGCUAUUGCAGGAGCUGUUGUUCGUUGGUUGAGGGACAAUCUUGGUAUUGCAAAAUCUUCAGAAGAAGUAGAGAAACUUGCUGCUGAAGUAGGCACAUCUUAUGGCUGCUACUUUGUUCCUGCAUUUUCAGGAUUAUACGCACCAUAUUGGGAACCCAGUGCAAGAGGAAUUAUCUGUGGCCUUACUCAGUUUACAAAUAAAAACCAUAUUGCCUUUGCUGCACUAGAAGCCGUCUGCUUUCAAACACGGGAGAUAUUGGAUGCAAUGAAUAAAGACUGUGGGAUACCGCUUAGUCAGUUACAAGUUGAUGGAGGAAUGACCAACAACAAGAUCCUUAUGCAACUCCAAGCUGAUAUUCUUUGUAUUCCAGUAGUAAAGCCAUCCAUGCCUGAAACAACAGCACUUGGAGCAGCAAUGGCAGCUGGAGCUGCAGAAGGGGUGGGAGUGUGGAGCCUACAUCCUGAUGACUUCACAGCAGUAACAUGUGAACGUUUUGAGCCACAGAUCAAUCCAGAGGAAAGUGAAUAUCGUUAUACCAGAUGGAAGAAAGCUGUUAAGAAAUCAAUGGGGUGGGAAAUGUCAGAACCUCAAGGAAACAGUGAAACUAGUAUCUUCUGUAGUCUGCCUUUGGGCUUUUUUAUAAUGAGUAGCCUGUUAAUAUUAAUCGGAGCAAAGUAUACCGCAGGUUAGUUUGUAUUUUGAAAUGUCUUGUUUUUACAAGAUAAUCACUGCUAGAUGAUUUAAAUACUUUCUGUUUGAAAAAAGUGUUUAGUAUUGUUGUAAAUGAAGAAUAUUUAAUGAUACUGGGUCUUAACCAUUUUAAUUUGAAAGUUCAUAUAGGAAAUCAAGAAAAUAUUUUAAAAUCUGCCAUUAUUUUUUUCUACUAUUUCAAAACAAUUUUAAAAAGUGGGGAAGAGUGCCUGAAUAAAUCUUGAACUAUAUAUCCUAGUUAUUUCUUUUUUGAGAUUUUAAACUACUGAAAAAAACCACAUAUUUGCAAAAAAUAAUCAGAAUUUAUGAUUUUAUAGCUAAAUUUUAAAAUUUAUCUAUAAAUUUUAGCUAUAAAUUUUAAAAUUUUCUAAAUUAGAAAAAUAUAUUGUAAGAUCUUACAUCUGAAUUGAUUGUUAUCCCUUCAAAUUAGUUUCCUUUAAUAUCACAAAACUCAUAAUGCAAAGCAAAAUUAGCCUCUCUAAAACAUUGCUUAUUUUGGAUUUUAAAAUAAUAAGUUUCAUAAUUUUUCUAUUUUAAAAAAUGUUAAUAUUUCAUCAGAGUUCCUUUUCCUAUUCAACUGUUGAGAAAUGUGAAUAGUUAAAUUGACUUGGUCACAAUUGAAAACUAUGCUUAGCAAAAUGAAAGAACUCUUCAUAGCUUAAAACAUAUACAGAAAAUAUAAAUUAAUCUUGUACAUGGACAGAUAAUACAGAUACUAUUGGCAGAGGAAUUUCAAGAAGCAUUUAUUCAGGUGAUAUUUACCAGAAGUAAUGAACUUUUUCCUCCAGCUCUAUACAAAUGGAUUGUUAGAUAUAAAAGAGAAUUUUAUUUUCAUUCUUUAAUAAACUUAAACAAUAGGUAAUUUGUUCUUUUUAAUUAUUUACAAUUUACAAAUAGUUACUUGUCUGAUUACAUUGAUUCGCUCAUGUGAUCAGUCAUCUACAGAUUCUUCUUUUUAAGCAGAAAUCAUUCAUGUAAAAUGCACAUAUAUGAAGGACAAAUCAAAGAUGGAGAAAGAGUUAUGUAAAAGACUUAAAUAAUGAGAUGUUUGCAUAUAAUAGAAUUUAACUGGAUUAUAAAAUGCUAUAUUUAUUAAUUAGCACAAUUCAGAUUUAAAUCUGAAUUUUAAAAACUUGUUUAAACUCCAAAAAUACUAGAUACUUAUCAUGUAAGGUAUAGUCAGUGGUGGGAUUCAGCCAGUUCACAUCACUUCGGAAGAACCGGUUGUUAACUUUCUGAGGAAUUUGGCAAACUGGUUGUUGAAAGAAAUCAUUAGGACAGAGAACCGUUUGUUAAAUUACUUGAAUUCCACCACUGGGUAUAGUGCUUAUUAUUAUUUUUUGUAUAAGUUUUUAUUGAUUUUUUGUUUUCCCCCCCUCCACACAAACACAAUUCAUAACAAUGUAGUGACCUUAUCUUAUACAGUUCAAACUAUUCAAAUAUAUUUUUCUUAAUUACAGUUUUUGCCAAAAUAUAUUUUUCCCCUAACUUUUUAUUCCUUUCCUAAUAUUUCUUUGCUUAUUUUAUCAAAUUACAUCUUUUUUCGCCUUUCAUUUUCUAAAGUAUAGUACUUAUUUAAUGAAUAUAGGUAGUCCUCAACUUACGACCACAAUUGAGCCCAAAAUUUCUAUUGAGACAUUGUUAUUAACUUGUGUCUCAUUUUACAACCUUUCUUGCUACAGUUGUUAAGUGAAUCACUGCAGUUAAUAAGUGACAACAUGGUUGUUAAGUGAAUCUGGCUUCCCCAUUGACUUUGUUUGUCAGAAGGUCACAAAAGGAGAUUACAUGACCUUGGGACAAAGCAAUGGUCAUAAGUAUGAACCAGUUGCCAAGGAUCUGAGUUUUGAUCACAUGAUCAUGGGAAUGCUGCAUAGGUCAUAACUGAAAAACGGUCAUAAGUCACAUUUUUCAGUGAUGAUGUAACUUUGAAUGGUCACUAAAUGAACUGUUGAAAGUCAGGAUUACCUGUAUACAAAAGGAAGGAAUGGGUGAAACACUAUAUAUGCUCCAAAGCAGGUCUCUAUAUAAAAAUUUACCAGUAAGAUACUUCCUUAGUUUGAGCUUGCUGUCAUGCUCUUCCUCCUCAAAUGUUGCAUCCCCAAAAUCUCACAAUAAGAAUCUUUUACAAGCUGCUUCUCUGGAAGCCUCUAUAUGAUUCUACAGUAACUUACAGCAGGAGUCACUUUUUGCAUAUAAUUACAUUAUUAUUUUACACUUUUUCAUCAUAAUAUUCAAGGUGGCAUAAUAUUCAAGACAGAGUUUUCUGAAAACUCUUAUUCAGAACUAGACUUCUUGGUUUCAGGAAAAUUCUGAUGAGACCAUACCAUGAUUUAGUAAAGUAAGACUGAGUGCAACUGAGUUACAUUUUGAAUAGAACAUUUGAAUGUAGAAAAAGAAAUGUUUUAUGAGCCACAGAGAUGGUCUGCUGAAUAUAGAAGUCUUUCUACUAUAAAGUAGGAAAUUCAGAGUAUUUUAUUCUUAUCAAAGGCCAGCUUCCUUACACAAGGCAAGCAAUAUAAUUCCAUGUUAUUUUGGACUGAAUGCAUAAAUAACAUUUUGACGUUGAAAUAACUCAAUUUUAAUAUUCUUUUUAAAAAACUAUUGUAAAAAAGCAAUUUCUGACUUGAUGUCUCUUGCUUAAAUUUUGAAAGCAGUUUUGUAUGCAGCUUUCUUGAGUACUGCUACUACAUAUGCUCCUUCGCAGUUCAUAUAUGAAAAUACAGUGGUGCUCAAAAGUUUGUGAAACCUUUUGAAUUUCAGUAUUUUUAUAUAAAUAUGACCUAAGUUCUGGAUAAUUUUCCCCAAUAAAACAACGAUCAAGUACAGUGUAUUUGAUUCAUUUGUUUUCAUUGGGUUCUUUUUAUCAACUUUUAGAAUUCUGUGAAUAAAGUUCAUAUUUUAAGUCGUAUUUCUGCAGAAAUGUUGAAAAUUCAAAAGAAUUCACAAACAUUUAAGCACUGUAUAUUUAGAGCAGGCAUAAUGUUCUUUAAUGAACAUACGUUCUCUGGACAGAUAUAUUUAGACAUAUAUUUUCUGGAUAGAUAUAGUCUCUGGAUAGAAAACUAGUUUUUUUUUAAUUUUUUGCUUUUAAGUCACAUGCAAUGGUGUUUUGUGAAGCUGUAAACCAUUUUUGAAUGAAUGCUGCUUUAUAGAGUUGAGAUGCAAGCUGUUCUGUUUAGUAAAAAAAAUCAUUUCAGCACUUAACUUUAUAUAUCUAUAAAGUUUUUCCUCUUCUGUUCAUAUUCCAGUAGACAGAGAACUUGUUAAACUGAAAUGGGGAAAAAGGCAAUUAGAGAAGCACUUUAAAAUCCUCUAAUGCUGUUCUCACUCAAUAAAGCAAUUGCCAUUGCAUAUGCUUUCUACAAUAUAAUUUCAUGCUUUUAUAGGUUAGAUAAUAUAAUCUAUGCCUCAGGUUGGUACUGUUAGAAUUUGAUAGGUGAUUUAGUUUCAGUUAAUGAUUUUCCCAGAAGAUAUUAUAAGCAUUGUGUUAUAUUCAUCCUCUUAACAAAAAUUAUUUGAUUACUGAUUCUUUUUUUCCCUUUCAGGUAAAUUCAAAUGAGGCAUUUUAAUGGAUUUCAGGAGACUUUAACAUCUCAAAAGAAUGUGGUGCUUUCUUAACAAUUUUAAUGACAUUAUUUUGACACAUUUCAUUGUCAAAAUAACUAUUUAGGAAAAAGAUUUAAUCAGGAAUGAGCAAAUUAUAGUUGCUACUACUUAUCUGUUUUAAAAGUAAAGUGGAAAAAACUCUUGGUUAACUUCUGUAACUGCCAUCACUUGUUUUGUCCACUUUUAAAUGAAACAUGAAAUUAAAAAAGUUAACGUUUUUUUUAAAAAAAACCAAAAGGUGCACUUCAAGAACUUCAUUUUAUACACUUACAUAAAGUUGUGGUGAUUUCUUUUUAGAAAUUGCUUAUAGCAAUACUUCCCAAAAUCAUCUUUCUUAUCCACUGAUUAGAUAACCUCACUGAGAAUUGAAGAUUCAAUAAUACAUUUUGUAACAAGGAAAGAACAGUUAUUUAUUCUUCCUUUUCAUAUGCAUUACUUAUCAUUGGUUAUAUUAGGGAUUCUAAGCUACUAAGUAAAACUGUUAGACUUCAGAAAACUUAUUUAAAAUUUAAAUUAGUAUUUAAACUAAUACUGCAUAUGUAUAGCAAGAAAGCUACGUAUUUGAAAUACUGUACUAUAAAUCAAAUUGCCAAGUAUAUGGAUAUAAAGAUUAAAUAUGAGCUUAAAAAGUUCAGAUAACACUUAUUUUAGUAAAUAAUUAUAAUAUUUAUGGGCUGUAGUUGAAAACCACGAACAUUUGCAAUCUUUCAUUUUACUUAAAAGUCUGGACCAAAAUUUGCUUCUCAGUGGGAUACAUUAUAAGCAGUGGCAAUCAUGAUUUCUGGGUAUAAUAUUUUAGAUAUCUAAAAAAAUAAAAUAACUUAUAUAAGUCCCAAAAUUUAAUAUUAAUGUAUGUCAAAACAAUACUUUAUAAUAUUCAUACUUUCAUUAAGAAUUAAAACAAAAUCAAACAUUUGUGGCUCCCAGAUUGAUCCCCUCUUUUCUUUCAAACUGAGGAAAUAUUUGGUAAAAUUUUGUCAAACAGCCCAUAGAAAGUUCCAUGUUCCUUGAAAUUUAUCUUCAUCCACCUAUCCUUCUUUUCAUAGUUAAGACUUCUCUAUGAUAGGGCUCAGGAUUUGCUUUGCCCACUACUGGAAUGAGAUGGAGUUGAAAAUACCGUGAAUCUAGGCUGCUACUAUUUGGAGAUGGUUCAAGACUAUUCUAGUAUAAUGAUAAAGUGCCUGUGGAGAUUAACAUAGCUUCUUCAUAAAAAUAUAUAUAAUUAAAAGUUAAUAGAAAAUUGAUCUGAUCUUUUUAAAAACAAACUCACCUGAUUCAAAAUACAGUGUGUAACCAUAUUGAAAGUAGCAAUAUUGUAAUGUAAACACACUGGCAGCUAAAGAAUAUGUGCAUGGUGAAAUGGUUUCUGGGUCUCGCAUUUCCUACAUUUUUAUAGAAUGUAUAUGUCAUCAGUAAGAAAUAAGAAUUGAAAAUUCAAAUAAUGUUAAAUUAAUGAUUUUCAUAAUUGUAAAAAUGAUUUUUGCCUUGAUUUGAAAUGCAAUUGUUGAACAUUUUAACUUAAAACUAGUCUUGAUAAUCAGUAUUUCAGCUUUUUUAUAAGCUGAAUCUAAGACUACUUGUUCUUUCUUUUGUAUCACAAUUUAUUGGUAUAUGUCACCAUAAAUGAAUGUAAGCUUCCAAAUGUCAGUUCUCUAACUGUACUUCUAGAAAGGCUUUAUGUAUUUUAAGGCCAUAUUUGGCAAGCCAACAUUUUCCCUGCUUCUGACAAUGUAAAUGAGUUUCCUCUCCCCCCACCCCCAUAAGUUUAGAGUUCAGAGGAAAGAAUACUUUUCCGGAUAUUACUUUGGCAAGCUGGGUUUAUAGCCAUACUAGUUCACAAUAUCUUAUAUAAGAAUUAUACCAUUAUACUGUGGCUGAAAACAUAAUUUUUUAAAGUUCUAUUUUAUAGACCUUGAAGUUAAACUUAAAAUUGGCUUGUUUUAUUAUGCUCCCUGCUUAGGUUUCUUGCUUUGUAUAGUGUAUUGGGAUUGGCAGCUUCAGAUAUGAUUCAUGAAAGUAUAUAGGAUAUUAAAUUCAGUUGAUAAGAUUAUAAUUAUAGUUGGAAUUUUGCACAAUAUACUACCACUUUUUCUAUUAAACAAAAUUAAAUUAAUUGUUGGAACUGCUCACUUUUUGUGAAUGGAUUUUUUUCUAUAUAAUUUGAAUUAUUAAAUGGAUACACUAAAAAUGUGAAAUAGAAAAAUUGUCAAUAUUGCACUUGUAGAAAUAUAUGUGAUUUAAAAUGUCUUUAGUCUUGUUCUCAAUUAUGCUUGUGAUGGAACCCAUAAAUAAAAUACUAAUAAAAUCA